AUGUACGACUGUGGCCUCUGUGACUGUGAGUUCAGCGACCAAGAUGACUGCGAUGAUCAUAUGGACCGUUACGAUCACUGGGUGGAAUGCGAGACGUGUGAUCGAAAGUUUCGCACCCAGCAAAGCUGCGAUCAGCACAUGAACGCGACGAAUCAUCGGAGCUCAUCCUAUGAGUGCGACACCUGCAGCCGCACGUUUUUGUCUCAGCAUGCUGUAAACCAGCAUAUGAAUGCCAAAGGUCACCGGCAGCCAAGUGUCCCAUGUGAUACAUGUUCACGGAUGUUCUGGACAGAGGAUGACGCCGAUAAGCAUAUGGAAGCGACGGGGCAUCAUGCCAAUUACUGUGGGGAAUGUCAGCAAGAUUUCAUCAAUGAGUGUUGUCUGCGCCAGCAUUUGAAUUCUGGUACACAUCGUGGCUAUACGUUUACCUGCCAGUUCUGCGACGAGUCCUUUGUCACUGCGAGUGGCGUUACUCAUCACCUCGAAUAUGGUUCGUGCCCGGAAGCUGACUUGAACCGCGCCAAACUGUACAACACGAUCAAGGAACUCGACCCGGAAGGCAUCAUCACAAAUAGCCAGGUUACAUCAUGCAAAGAACGAAAGCGGCGCUACUUUGCUCCCCGUAGUGCCUUCAAUGGGACGUUCUGGGAGUGUUACCUGUGCAAAGGUGAAUUCCACUCGGCCAAUGCUUUGAACGCACACGUCAAUUCGCCGGUCCAUGAGGAGGAAAUCUAUCACUGCCUCAAGAUGGACGGAGGAUGUGACAAAUAUUUCGUGUCUCUUGGUGCUUUAUUCAAUCAUUUGGAAAGCGGGUCGUGCGGAUAUGUUGGGUUCAAUGGUGUGCGAGAGAUUUACGAACGACUCACCGACGCUAUCCAGAACCAUGAGGAGAUCACCAAGCUCUGA